AUGAACCACCAUGGAAUCAAAAAUGAAAUACGAACACAAUUGAACCACAGAUCGGCAAUUCAUAAUGCAGUACAAGCAGGUUGCAAUCCAAUGGUAUGUGUUGCUCCGGACUUUUGUAAAGGCAAACCUGUUGAAGAGCCGGCACCCCUUAAAAAAUUAGUGGACUUAUCUGACAGUAAGACUGAGCGCUCACCGGGUUUGUUACCGUUAGUUCCUGGAAUGCCAGUUAUCAUUACACAAGAUAUUGCCAUUGAACUCGGAUUAAUUAACGGCAUGAAUGGAAUCUUUAGACAACUAGUCUAUGCUCUUGACUCAGUGUCAACAGAUAUCGAGGGUAAUACGAGUCCGUCUCGACGAGCGUUAUUUAUUGAUAUUCAUCUUUUACUUCAAUUAAAUUCAUCAUCAAAUCCAUCAAAAGAUAUUCUUCGUUAUCUCUUACAAAAGUGUUCGAAUAUCGAACUUCACGAUUGGAUUACAUUGAUCAAUAUUGAUGAACUUCUUGAUGAUUCAGAUUUUAUUAAUGCAGAUGUUUCAUUUCUCCAACCUAUUAAAAACUCUACAUCAUCAUUACAAGCGUUUAGAAUUGAUUGA